ACAGACAAGCACUAGCUAAGGACCCAAGUGGUCAAUGUCAUCUAUCACAAUCACCAAGCGCAGAUCUGGAUCUACCUAUCCCUGGCUUGUCAAGGGAGGUAGGUAACAUACGAUGUCACAUAGGUGCAGUAAGCGGCUACCCGCUUUCCCUCUUCUAUCCACCACCACCUGGGUAAUCAUGCCUAGACUGCUGUAGAGCUGUCGCAGCUUCAAUGCGGCAUCCAAUAGCUGUGCCGCCAUCAUGUCAGCUUACCUUAGUAAACGCGGGCUUCUACUGUUGGUGGCAUUGCACAUGCUCAAAUCGUAGAAUCCCCUCUGUACAUUUUCUCCUUCUUUCUUCUCUUUCCUUCAUUUUUGUUUGGUUUUGGCAAGUAUCUUGAAUCAUUCCUAGUCGCUGCCUGUCUUUAGAAUACCCCGCUAGCUAAAAUGAGUGAAUCGUUUGACUACAUCGUUGUUGGCGGCGGUACGGCCGGUCUUGUCGUAGCUGCCCGACUCACCGAAGAUGCUAGUGUUCGCGUGCUGGUCAUCGAGGCCGGCGCCGACAAGAGAGAUGACCCUGCUUUAGAGACGCCCGGUCUUGUUGCUGGGGCUUAUAGUGAUGAUCGCUUCAUCUGGCCAUUCCAGUCAACUCCACAGACCGAGUUAAAAGGUCGUCACCUUCGACAGGAUACCGGCAAGGUCCUGGGUGGCAGCUCAUUGACCAAUUUCAUGAUGGCCAUGUUUCCCUCGCGCACCAAUUUAGACACAUGGGCUCAAAUGGGAAAUAAAGGCUGGUCCUACGAUGACCUCGCUCCUUACUUCCAGAAAUUCGCGACAUCACACCCUCCGAGCCAAGCUAUCAAAGAGACAUUAGGAGGCCUAUCUUACUACCAGGAUGACAUUAAAGGCAACGGCCCCAUCCAGCUCUCCUUUGACGACCAAUACGCGGACAUGAACAAGAAUUGGUUCAAGACCUUUGCCGAGAUGGGGCUAGAGAUGAAGACGGAUCCCAGGACAGGCAGGGCCAUCGGUGCAUUUCAAAAUUCAUCGACUAUUGAGCUUGGGAAGAACACUCGAAGCUCAUCCGUCACCGCAUACUACACGGAAGAGAUCGCCAAACGACCGAAUUUGAAAGUCUUGUUGGAGACGACGGUACAGAGAAUCAUCACAGAGACCCGCAACGGCCAAGUCCUCGCGACCGGCGUAGAAAUCAAAGAUAAGGAUGGCAAAGUUAGCACCCUCUCAGUCGGCAGAGAAGUCGUUCUCGCCGCGGGAACCAUUAGAACACCACAACUGCUGGAGCUAUCCGGCAUCGGCGACCGCGACCUCCUCGAGAGUCUGGGCAUCAACGUCGUGAUCGACAAUCCCAACGUAGGCGAGCACAUGCAAGACCACCUCAUGACGUCGCAGCAAUUCCCCGUGAAAAAAGAAUACCCGUCGGCAGACGGCCUCCGCGACCCGGAGAGAUUCAAGGCGGCCUUCGAGCAAUACGCCACGUCAAAGCAAGGCCCGCUCGCAGGCAUGGGCACAAGCGUGGCAUACGUGCCCCUCGCGGACCGCAACGGCGUCAUGACGGUGUCAGACCGCAAGGCGCUCUUCGACAGAUACCUCUCGACGACGCCGACGCUGAACCCCGUGCAGAAGCGCGAGUUCAAGCUGAUCCGGUCGCUCCUCGAGGCCGAGACCGAGCCGGCGAUCCAAUACCUGUGCUUCCCGGGCUCGUUGACCGUGACGCCGCACCCGGAGACGCUGACGGACAUGUUCACCUCGCACGCGCCGUACGACUGCGUCGGCAUCAUGUCGUUGCUGAACCACCCGUUCUCGCGGGGCAAUGUGCACAUCUCCUCGCCGGAUGCGUCGGUGCCGCCGACGUGGAACCCGAAUUACUGCUCGCACCCGCUGGACCUCGAGAUCCUGGCGCGCACGGUGGGCUUCGUCGAGAAGAUCGUGAAUACCCCGCCGUACAGCGACAUGAUCGACACGAGUCUGAAGCGCCUCCCCGACGCGAAGGGCGACGACCUCGAUGUCGCGAAGGACAUCGUGCGGGGACGCACUGUGUCUUGCUUCCAUAUUGCCGGGACGUGUCGCAUGUUGCCGCGCGAGCUGGGGGGCGUGGUGGACGAGAAGUUGAUCGUCCACGGGACGGCGAACAUCCGCGUCGUCGACGCGAGUAUGAUCCCCUUGGAGCCGCUGGGCAAUAUCCAGACCACUGUGUAUGCUGUUGCUGAGCGGGCUGCGGAUAUCAUUAAGGAGAGCAGGAAGAUCACGCUGCCUAUACGCUGAAGAUUAUGAAGUACCUACUUACUUUGAUGCUAGAGAAUAGAUAAAAAGGGGUCAAGAUGUAGACGUGGAUAUGACCCGGGAGUAACUCGACGGCAUGAUAAUGAAUGUACGCAGUAUCUAAUGUAAAGAUCCCGAAGAAUCGAGGUGAUUGUUCCUACAUGUCUUCAGUCUGCUACCAAGCUGCCU